GGGAGUGUCCCAAGUAUAUAUACUUAAACCGACAAAAGAAUGCUGCACCAUUCCACAACUCAGAAAUUUAGAGGCAAACAAAGCUAUCCAGGGAAGAAGGGGUCACCGUCAAACAUCCUUAUUCAUCAACAAUCAAGAAAGUGCAAGUGACUAUACUGAUAUCUAGCACAAAUCUGAUCUUCAAAUACUCUCCAGUCAUUGUCUAAUAUGAUUUCUGGAGCAAAUGUCUACCGUGUCUUCGAGGCAAUAAUACCAUUGUAUGUAGCCAUGCUUUCAGCUUAUAUUUCCAAAAAAUGGUGGAAACUUUUCACCCCUGAUCAGUGCUCAGGAAUCAACAAAUUUGUGGCCAAGUUUUCCAUCCCUCUACUAUCCUUCCAGGUGAUCUCCUCCAAUAAUCCUUACAAAAUGAACCUCAAACUCAUACUGUCAGAUACAACACAAAAAUUGCUAGCUAUCUUCAUAUUUAUCAUCUUUGUCAAACUAAGAUACAAAUGCAGUUUGGAUUGGCUGAUUACUGGGUUCUCUCUAUCUACUCUACCCAACACCUUGAUUAUCGGGCUUCCUUUACUAAAAGCUAUGUAUGGAGAUGAAGCUUCCAAACUGCUCAGCCAGAUAAUUGUCCUACAGAGUUUGGUUUGGUAUACACUACUGCUUUUUCUGUUUGAAGUCAGGGCUGCUGAUGAAAUCAUUCCUGAUCCAACUGACAGCUCAAAUGAGUCAGAAGCACCAGAAGGAAUACAAAUUAAACCAGAAACGGAUGAAGUCAAAACAUUGAGCCCUCGAGGGACUAAAACUCAUCACAUUUUGCGGAUAGUGGGGAGGAAACUUUUGAAAAAUCCUAAUACUCACUCAUGCUUGGCUGGCUUCAUUUGGGCACUAAUUGUCUUUAAGUGGGGAGUCAAGCUUCCAGCAAUAGUUGCAAGCUCCAUAGCAAUAUUAUCUGAUGGUGGACUUGGGAUGGCUAUGUUCAGCUUAGGGCUUUUCAUGGCAAGCCAACCUAAGUUAGUAGCUUGCGGAAUUCGAAUGGCAGCCCUGUCAAUGGGAAUAAAAUUCAUCCUAGGACCAGCAUUAAUGGCAAUUUCUUCCUAUGCUGUUGGACUUAGGGGCACUCUGUUAAGCAUCGCAAUUGUCCAGGCAGCCCUUCCUCAAGGAAUAGUUCCAUUUGUGUUUGCUAGAGAGUAUGGUGUGCAUCCAGAGAUUCUAAGCACUGGGGUUAUAAUUGGUAUGCUUAUAGCAAUACCGAUAGCAUUGGCAUACUACCUUGUUUUAGACCACAUACAAUAGCUAUGCAGAAAAGAGAAGUAGAGGUAAAAAGUUUUCUACACAAUGUUACAGCAAAAGAAAGUAGAUACCAAGUGUCUCGAGAUUCUCAACCAUUAGUGGUUCCAUACCCCAAAAUAGGUAGCUUAAGAAAUAACUUUGUAUAAAAGAUAUGAUCGUUC